AUUCUUCCUAAGAAGUAAAUUAUCCAAAUACCUUCUCCACCACUGGUUGUAUGCACGCUUAUCAAACAAAGUUUUUCAACUUUGAUUGAUACUCUGCAUAACUCUGUUUAUGAGCAUAUUCCUUCUUUGUUAGCCAAGCAAAAGUAUGCCAACAAAUGUGUUUACUGCCAAGAGAUUGUGUCCUGUGGCCUCAACCAAGUUUCCUCGUGCAGUGAAACAGCAAACCCAGCUGGAGAGCUGGAGUCAAUUUAGUACAAUUCUUGGUUCUGACCAAGUAGGGCUGCGUUUUUAUAAUGCAAAGGGAAUUAAAGCCAGCUAUUUAAUUAAAUGAGAGUUAUCUAUACCUCUCAUACUGCUGCUGACUUCAUUCCGCCGGUGGACCGGCAUCAGCACCAUGGACAGAGAGCUGCACGCCGAUUGGCUCAAAAAAAAAGAAAAACGUCAAGGAUUAGUGUAAUCUGCCUGGUAAUCUGCAUUGCCGCGCGAUGAUUGGCGGAGGGGGAGGAUUUAGGAUCUAUUUGCCUUGGUCAUAAAGGGUGAAAGUAUUAUAAUGGUCUGUUAGUUUCCGCGCAAAUAUCUUCCGAUCGACAGUCUCGCGCUUCCCUCCCUCCCUCCCCCUCACGCGGCUGCGUCUUCAGGCCAAGAAGCAGCGCUCUUUGGAAGCAGACUCAAGGCACUGAGGGGGGAGUAACUCUAACCAGCAUACUCCAAACUUUAUCCACAUGGAAGAGCCCAACUUCCCCCCACUGCCGGGAUUCAUUCCACUCAAGCCAUGCUUCUACCAGGACUUUGAUGAGAUCCCUGAACACCACCGCAGCAUGUGCAAGAAAAUGUACCACCUGUGGAUGUUGAACAGCGCAACUCUCGCUGUGAAUCUCAUCGGCUGCUUUGCUUGGAUGUUUGGGGGUGGUGGCGUAACCAACUUUGGACUGGCCAUCAUCUGGCUGAUCAUGUUCACUCCCUGCUCUUACGUCUGCUGGUUCAGGGCCAUCUACAAGGCCUUCAACGGUUGGUUGGCUACCUUGUCCUUCUUCAGCUAUAAUAUUUUCAUUGCGCUCAUCAUGUUGGUCCCUACUAUUAUGUUCACUGCAGUGGCCUCUCUGUCCUUCAUUGCCCUCACUCGGAUCCAUAACUACUACCGUGGCAGCGGGGCCAGCAUGUCCAAAGCUCAGGAGGAAUGGACCACGGGAGCCUGGAAAAACCCUCAUGUCCAAGCGGCAGCCCAGCAGGCCGCCAUGGGGGCCGCCGCCGGGGCCAUGCAGGAUCAGUCCUCCAGCCCACAAUAUAACGACAACCAGAUAUAGCCUCUCAGAGACGCGGCUGUCAAAGAAAUCACCUGACAGUUAUGCCAAAGCAAGAUCAACAGCGUUAGGAAACUGUUUCCCACAAUUUUGUCGAUUAUUUAAUAUCUCAACAUAUCCAGUUGGUGGGUUGCUGGUAUUUGUCUUCCUAUAUUAAAGGGCAUGUUGAUUAUUUCUAGUGUUUUAUGAAAUUUCAUGUUUUUUUCAGUUUGGGAGGUUACAAUGAAAUUUGUUUUGAAUGUGUUACUUUAAUGAUUAUGAGAACGCUGUGUGUUCAUGUGCUCCUUGUGUUAGACCUGUAUUUCUUUUGCAAUUUCUACAAAAGAUAGCAAACUGAUUAUGUUUGAUGUACAAUAACUUUCAUUGUGAUGAAGAUUUAAUUAUUUAGUAUUUUACCAAUGCACCAUUAGAAUGAUACUUGUUGUGGGUGUGAAGCCACUGUAGUUUUUAUUGUAUUUUGAAUUCAAAGGUAAACCAAAGAUUCUGUGGAUUGCUGCCCCUCUAGUUUAAAUGACGCUACCUAACUUCAGCUCAGCAGUAUUUCAGCAUAUUUCUAUACAGUUUAUUGAUGGUUGCACUGUAAUGUUGAACAAAAGUUGGUCUGUGCCACAAUAAGCAACAGUAUUAUUGUAAGACCUGAGCUAGAACAAAACAACAGUAAGUUCACAAUUACUUGAUCCUGACUCUGAUGUAUUUGGAUCUGACAUCUGCUCUCAAAACAUCACUUUUACAUCACAUAAGAAAUAUCUCUGUGUUAAUGCCUCUAUUUGAAUAAAGUAGAAAAGAAGUACAGGACUUGUGAUGCAAUUUUAAGAAAAUAAUUCUCCUGCAGUUUAGCUAUUUGACCACAGAGAGGCACUGAUGGUUUUUAGAAUGAAAUAAAAAAGCUCCAACGUUUACAGAUUACCUUCAUUCAUCCUUCACAGAUACUAUUCUGUGUUUAUGAUAAAGCCUUCUAAUUCCUU